AUGAAAGAAGCCAUGUCCAGUAACAGCACUGCCAGCAUCUCCCAAGCCAGGAAAGCUGUGGAGCAGCUGAAGAUGGAGGCCUGCAUGGACAGGGUGAAGGUCUCCCAGGCAGCAGCGGACCUCCUGGCGUACUGUGAAGCUCACGUGCGGGAGGACCCUCUCAUCAUUCCAGUGCCUGCGUCAGAAAACCCCUUCCGAGAGAAGAAGUUCUUUUGUACCAUCCUCUGA